AUGACCGAUAUAUGCAAUGAAGGAAACAAAUAUAUUGAUUGUCAAAAAGUUUUAAAAAAAACUCAAAAUAGCUUAAAUUUAACACCAAUAAUAAACCAAUUAAUUAAAAGAGAAGUAGAUAUACAGAGAACAGAAGAAGAAACUGAAGAAGACCGUAUUCUUUCUUUUAUUUUAAGAUUACAUUCUAAAAAUGCAUCACAGUGCAAAAGCAGAUUAAAAACCUAUUGUGAAUUUACAAAAAGAAUAAACCUAGGUUUAAAUAAUGUAGAUCCAAAAAUAAAAAAAAUUUGCAGCAGUAGUGACCAAGAUGAAAGAUGUAAUAAACUAAGAAGAUAUAUUGGAAGAUUAUCUCUUCAACUAAAUAAAGAUAUUAAUAAAGAAUUAAAAGAAAUACAAAAAAAUAAUAAGUCACUAACAGAUGAUGAAUGUACAAAAUAUCAAAUAGAUUGUAUGCUUUUAGAAGGAACAUAUCCAGAUUUAGUUAGUAUUAUAUGUAGUACACUAAUCAUUAACUGUUAUGAAAAGAAACUGAAAAAUUUAGCAAAAAAAAUCCUUUUUAGAGGACUUAGGGGAAAUCUCAAAAAUACUAAUACAUGUGAACAGAAGAUUGAAAUGACUUGUAUAAAAUUAUCUAAAGAAAGAGAUGAGUUAGUGGAAAUAUGUCUUAAUCAAAAAGAAAUAUGUCAAGAUCUCGUAAAAACAGCCAAAAAGAACUGUGAGGAUCUUGAAAAAAAAAUCGAAAUUGCAAAUAAGAAUCUCAAUAAUGAAAAAUGUCAUUCAUUGUUUAAGGAAUGUUACUUCUAUGAACCAAACUGUGAAAACUUAAAUGUGCAUAAUUGCGAAGAACUUAUAAAAAAAUGCGAAAGUAAAGGAAUUACAUAUUUGCCUUUCGUUCGUUCUUUUAGUCCCAUAGAACCUCAAGUUACAUUAGGAGAAGAAAUAGGUCUAGAUGAACUUUAUAAAAGCGCAGAAUUUGAAGAAAUUUAUACAGGAAAGCCUGAAAAGAAAAUGCCACUUUAUAUGCUUCCAUUGUUAAUUAGGAGCUCAAAAUUAGACCCAGAUGACUAUGAUGAAGACGAAAUAUGCGAAAAUGAAUUAAAAGAAAAAUGCAACUUUUUAGAAAACCUACGAAGUGAUAUGGAAAGUCUCUGUAAAAAUGAUAAAAAAAAAAGUUGUGAAAAAAUAAGUCAAUUAUCAGAAAAGUGCAAUGAUUUAAAAAAAGAGCUCUAUAAUAAGGAUCUUUCCAGUACUGAAACUUCCAAAUCAUCUAAAUUUUUCUCUUGGACACGUUUGCCAAAGUUACUUACAAGAAAAGAAUGUACACAUCUUUUAUCAGAAUGUUUCUAUUUAGAAACACAAUGUGUAGAAAAUUUAAAUCUAACUUGUAGAAAUGUAAAAAUUGCAUGCUACCGAAAAGGACGCAUUAUAAAAACGAAUAAAAUACUACAAAAAAGACUUCGCGGAAUGCUUCAUAGCUUAGACGAUUAUACUAACUUUAAGAAAUGCCAAAUAAAACUAAUGGAAGAAUGUAAGACACUUAAAAAUAAAAAUGAUGUAUUUUUUUUUCUAUGUCUUGAAUCAAUGUAUACAUGUUUAACACUCUGGGAGGAUAUACAGGCAAAAGAAGCAAACUUGUUCCAAAUUUUAGGCAGAAAAAGAGAUGCGCCAACAAAUCAGGAGUGUUCUGAACUUCAAAAGUUGUGUAAAGAACUAGAAAGUGAUUCAGAAUUAAUACAUAAACCAUGCUCUACAUUAAAAAGACAUUGUAUUUUUAGGAACAACUCAAUACAAUUAAAAAAUUAUUUGCUAAAAAAAAAAGAAGAUUCUUUUUCAAGUAUAACUCAGUGUAGGAAAAUUUUAAAAAAAGAAUGUAAUAAAUUAUUUAAAAAAGGAGAAAAUCCAUUUAACUAUUCAUGUAUUAAACAAGAAGAAUCAUGUGAUUUAAUGCGUCUAGAAGUGAUAAAACAUUGUACUGCACUAAAAAAUAAUAUAGAAACUCUGAAUAUACUAAAUACAAUAACUCAAGACAAUGAAGAACUCUGUAUGCUUUGGGGGGGUUAUUGCGAACAGUUAUCACCGAAUUGCAAUGAGCUUUUGGAAAAAACAGAAAAAAAUCAAGGGCUUUGUACACAAUUAAAAAACAAGUGUAAACUAUUCUUUCAAAGAAGAGACAUGGAAGAUGCAUUAAUCUAUGAAUUCGAAGGUAGCUUGUCUUCAAGCGAGAGUUGUGUAACAAUGCUUAACGAAUAUUGUUCAAAAAAAGAAAACAUGAACAGCAUUGUAACUGUCAAUCCAUGCAAAAAUAGUACCAAUAAUCAUGAAGAAUAUAGAAAAGUUCUUUGUUCGAAACUAGUUAAUCGAAUAAAAGAGCAAUGCCCAAAAUUAUCAAAUGAAACCAUGAAAGUUUAUAAAAAUCUUGAAGAAAAACAAAGAGAAUUUGAGAAUAUUAAAAAAGAAGCAAAAAAAGCAAUGGAAGAGGCUAAAGUUAUAUUGUCAACACAUGAGAAAACAAAUAAUACACUACGAAAUAAUAUUAUAUCCAAUAUAUCCAAACCACUGAUUGAAAGACCGAAUAAAAGGACAAGUACAAUAAGAUUUAAACUAAUAAAAAGAGAAGAUAUAAAAGCGCAGGUCGCAAAAAAAGAAGGAAUAGCAUUUGAUUUAGUAGCACAUAUGUUUGACAUAUAUUUAGAUUUAAAAGAAAUCUGUAAUCAUUUAUCAGAAGAUUGUAAAUUUAAAAAAGAAUGUGAUUAUGAACUACUUUGUAAAAAAAUGAGGAGUAUAUGUACAGGACUAGAAUUAUUGGAGAUCACUCCACAAGUAACAAAAACAAUUACACAGAACAUAACGAUCACGGAAAAAACAACAACUACAAAAACGAUGAUAAUCAUAGAAGAAACUAAAAGUACAAAAAUAAAAGAGAAAACCUUCACAAAAAAAAAAGUAUGUACAUCCAUUUUUACGACAAAUAUACAAAUUACACAUACAUCAACACACACAAGUACAUCUACUCAGACAUCAAUACAUACAAAUAUAUCUACACAGAUAUCAACAGUAACAUCAACAGUAAUGUCUACAAAACUAUGUAACUUAACAGAAUAUAUAACAAUGACUCAAAAUGAACUAGAAAAUCUAAAACCAAGUGAAGGGUUAAGAAUAGAUGGAUGGAACAUUAUAAAGAGAAUACUAUUAACAAUUAUUAUUUCAACUAUGAUCUAG